ACCGCCUUCCCACAAUGCACUGCGCAGGAGCAUGGCUGACUUUCGUAUAGGAGUGUCAUCCAAACGAGAAUGAAUGCGCUUUUUCUUUUGGCGACAGCAGCUGACUUUUCCUGUAACUGCUUUAGAUCCAGGUUUACAAAGUAAAUCUUGCAUGUUAUGUUUUUGUGACCGCGUCGUGAGGAGUCGACAGGAAGUCCCUACGUUAAUCUCCGGUGAGAGCCUGUCACCGUCAGCGGGCAGCUGGGAGAGCUAGCACUGCUAGAAUUAGCAGUCAGCACUUUCUGUGGUAGCCGACCAGAGCCAAGAUGGCUGGAGUUGGGGCCAAGCGUGAGGGACCACAGUUCAUCAGUGAAGUGGCAGUGAGAGGCAACGCGGCAGUGCUGGAUUACUGCCGCACCUCUGUGUCUGCGCUCUCAGGAGCAACAGCCGGUAUCCUUGGCCUGACGGGACUGUACGGCUUCAUCUUUUAUUUCCUAUCAUCCUUUCUCCUCUCGCUGCUGCUUAUUCUCAAGGCCGGACGGCGGUGGAACAAAUUCUUCAAAUCACGGCGGCUGCUCUUCACCGGAGGCCUUGUCGGAGGCCUCUUCACAUAUGUCCUGUUCUGGACUUUCUUGUACGGGAUGGUGCACGUAUACUAGAACAUCUACUCGAAAUAACUCAGAAAUAUUUGUCUAAUGCUCUGUAAUUCUGUAGGUUUGUCUGCCCUGCUGUUGUAGAUAGGCUGUUAGUGAAAGGCUUCCAUUGUGAACUGUUGAUAUGUUGAACGAUGAGCUAAGAGAAUUAACUGUCCUUUUCUUUCCUCCAUAUUUACCAGAGAAUGAACUCUAACCUGUACUUAGAGAACUAUAGUUAUAAUGUAGGUUUACAGAUCAAAUCCUCACAAGUUAAACCAAGUCAGAAAAUAGCAAAUGUAAUUACUGACUGGAUUAAAGAUCUCUCUAGAA